GUGCGUCGCAAGGGCUACUGGACCCUGUUUGUCGAGUUCCCCAACGAUCGAUAUGCAAAUCACCGAGAAAGAUAUUGCAUUUCUCGCGAUUCAUACCAAAAAUGGGUGAUGGAGGUCUACUACUACCCUAGGAUUGGCACAAGCUGGGGCGGCGGAUGGAGCGCCAUCUACGACGCCUACGCAGUCGUCAUCGCUUUAACUCAUCAUCUUGACCACGACCAGAGUAUCCGGAGAAAUACAGGCCCCUUCCACUGCCACCAGCUCCCCGAGCCGCAGCUCAGCUUUAAAGCCCACCGAGAUAUACUG